GUCCAUAUAACAAACAGUUUCUCAAAUGAAUACAUGGCAAUGAGUGGUGCUGCUGAAUCGUCUAGUUGUUGUGUUGCUACUACCCAAUAUGGCCAAGUGAAAGGAAACUCGAUCCAGGUCCGCAUCAAAUGUCGCUCUGAUGAAGAGUAUUCGGUACCUGUUCACGAGUUUCUUGGCAUUCCUUAUGCCACUCAGCCGACAGGGAAUAGGCGGUUUAAGCCACUAGACCCACUUGAACCAUGGAACGGUAUACUUGAUGCAACUCAUUUCAAAAGUGCGCCAAUUCAGGCACGUUCCAACCCAAUCCUAGGCAGCUCAAUCAAAUCAGAGGCGGAAGAAUGUGCCUAUUUAAACAUAUGGAAGCCAGUUCAGAUAUCAUCCGAAGAAACCACCAACUUCGCUCAGCUCAGAAGAAGCCUAUUUUCGCCACUGAGCCGGAGAAAAAGCGGGGCUGCAUUCGAAAAAGAUUCUCUCCCCCAAGCAGAACUGAAGAAAUUGUACAGGUCAUGUGACGCUUUGCAGCUAGUCGGGAAACUCGAGCGUCCAAGGAGACGAACUCUAACUUCGGAUUCGGAGGAUGAUCCGAACUUGGUGCCGGUGUUCGUGUUUCUAUACGGUGGUGGGUUCCACAAUGGGGCCAGUAGUGAGAGCUUGUACCAUGGGCAGGUUUUGUGUGCUAAUCAGAGUGUGGUGGUGGUGACGUUGGACUACAGACUGGGAGUGUUGGGCUUCCUUCAUAUCCCAGACGUGGUAGAGCCCAAUCUGGGUUUAAAAGACCAACUAGUUGCCCUGGAGUGGAUCAAAGACAACAUCGACAGCUUUGGGGGUGACCCAAACAACAUCACUCUAGCAGGGCACAGUUCGGGUGCCUCCUCUGUCUUCUGCCACUACCUCUCAGCCCAGAGUAGAAACUACUUCCACAAAGCAGUGGCUAUGAGUGGUUCCUAUGACUCACUCUGGGCUGUAGGACGCAGCAAGAGUUCUCUCAUCUCACACAGCAAAAGGUUUGUCUCCCAGAACGGUGGAUCCGUGAAGCAAUCUCCAGAUGAAAUACUCGCAUUUCUUCAGUCCCUGCCUCUCAUGUGCUUCUCAAUUCUACUCGAUAGACACUUCUUACCAUUCGGACCAAUAGAGGACUCUUCGUUUUUUAGUAUGAAUAACACUGACGCUUUUAUAGACAACAAAGACAUCCCUCUCCUAGCCACUCUUACGAGACAUGAAGGUGAUUUCUUCACGUGGUUUGUCCUUCGUGAAAAAGUUUCAGAAUUACUCACUGAUAGCCCGGAGGCUUACACUUCAUUUAUAAAACAAUAUCUGCAUGGAUUUCUUCCUGAUGAAGCAAUCGAACAAGUUGAAGAGUUUUACCAGAAGCUUCCAAUCCAAAAGAGUAAAAUUGAAGUUUUCCAGAAAGCAUCGGAAAUGAUGGGCGAUAUCGUAAUAAAUCUUUCUUUGGUCAAAUUUCUGAACGAUAUAUGCUUUAAUUUUCCGAAAAGUCCAAUUUACAUGGCUGUUCACGACUUCCGUCCUAAUUUAGCUCACUCUACCGGAUUAUCGGUUCAAAUACCUGAAUAUGUCAGAUGUUCACACGGAUCAGAUCUUCUUCACGUUUUCGGACACAACAUGCAGAGAUGCAGCGAAGAAGAGUUGGUUAUGAUCCAUAGCUUGCAAGAGUGCAUCCGGGAGUUCAUGAAGUAUGGUGCGCCGAUAGACGCCGAUCAGCUAUGGCCCAAAUUUACAAAAGAGCAUCAAGUUUUUGUCUAUAUCACUCCGUACAAUUUGGAAAUAUCGGAAAACUUUCGAUCUGAUUUUGUGAACUUUUGGGAGAAACUGUAAUUUGUAAUUAUUUCUACAAUGGAUGAAACUCGCUUUAAGUAUUUAUGAUUUUAAAGACUUUUGUUUCCAAAUUUAACAAUUCAGAGCCACCAAA